AUGGCAUCCGCUCGAGAGGAGAGUCGCAUAAGUCCUUACAGAAAACUGCUUAUAGAUCUGUCUAUGGAACUGACUAAAAGAGAUCUGGAGAGGUUAAUUUAUGCUGUAGGGGAUAUUCUUCCUAGGAGACUGACUGAAAAUAUGGAAAGUGGACUGAAGUUAUUUGAAGCACUCGAACAGGAUGUUCAUAUUAGUCCACAGAACCUGAACCUGCUGCAAGAUGGGUUUGAUACAAUUGGCAGAGCGGAUCUUGCGCAAAGAAUUCAGGUUUUCUCAAGUAAACCAGACAGUGUUGAGGCUGAUGGUAAUUCUAACUGCAUAUGUCGCGUUUUGAUAAGGGAGAACAAUAUAGAAUACCCUCUGAGCAUUUGAGAAUGCUAAUUUAGUUUCCUAUUUUGUUUGAGACAAAAUAGUGAUCAGUUUAAAGUAAGCGUUGCUCUGUUCACCAAGCAGGUGGGCAAGAUGACAUAGUGACUGAUGGAAUUGGGGAUCAAGGCAAUGCUGACACAACAGAGAGUGAUCCUACUGACACAAUAAACCCUGGUGCAGAGAAAGGUAUUAUGAUUAAGAGGAAUUACUGAUUGUAAAAGGAAUACCUUAUAACUAACCUUUUUCCAAAUAUGUGGUUUGCAUAGAUCUCUUUGGAAGAGCAUUUUUAUGUCAGUGAGGUCCUUAAGGAUAGGUAGAUGUCUUUGCUGCACAAGAAAAUCUCCACUUUCUUGUUAACUUGGAAACUUAAAAUAUUUCCAUUAAGUUCCCCAGAGCAAGCUAGAUUUUAUUCAAUAUCAGCCCUGUAGAAGACUGAACAUUUUUUUUUGCUUGAAUCAAUCAGCUCAUGCUGUACACUUGAAAUCAGCACAGCUACCUCAUCAAUCAGUGUUACCGUUUGAUGGGAAUCUGGGAAGUACCCCCACAGUAACCAGACCCAGGGGUGCAGGAGAAGCUACUCCUACAAAGCAUUGCCUUGUGGCCAGCAGUGAUAAUUUAUCUAUGGCUAUAAAUGAUGGUGAGACUUGUAAAUCAAACAAAAAGUUAACUGCCAGCUUUUAGUUCAUAACAAUUAAGGAUACCCACUGAACCACUCUUUACUCUUAAUAUAUACACUAAUGUUGCUGUCUGCGAUUGCUAAUUACACUGUGAUGGAUUCUUUGAUAUACAACUGUGUUUAAGAAAUUGUCCAUCAUAAGGAAUGUUUAAAGUAAAAAACUCAAAUACUUAAUUUGAAAUUUAGUUAGAUGAAAACAGCAAGAUUUACAAUUAACAGCUAACUUAAGAGGUUAGAGGUGGUGUUAGGGUCAGCCUGAUUAGCUGAGAAGUUUAAAAAAGCUGAAUUGUUAUGCUGGAGGGAGAUAUUUUAUAAUCCAGCAGUUUUUCUCGUGGCAAUCCUUGUUAUUUUUUUGUUGACUAUGAAAGGUUUAUAUCGGUCAUUAGCAAGAUCUUAUUAGGUUUUUUUUAACUAUUUUUUUAUGAUUGAAAAAGGUUACAUAGAGUGUAUUAUUUUAUUUGAAAACUUUUGGAUAUUAAGGUAUCUAAAGUUGAACAUGUGUAUGCUAAACAGGACCUUACUCUUCUUCUUUUUAAAUCCCAGGCUCCUACACUUCAUCUCCUGCACCCUCACCUGCAGCUGUGGGACAACAAUCACGAGGACCCAAUCAGGCUGCUUCAUCUGGUAGAGUCCAACAUGACCCAGCCCAUGGAACACCAUCGGUGCGAUAUGUGAACUUUCUUCUUUACGGGGGCUAUUCUGUGGAAAUAAUAGGAGGAAAACACUUCAAAACUCCAGAUGGAGAGUUUGUGGAAAUGAAAAGUGGCACACAGUAUAAAAUACAUGUAAAAAACUCACAUACCUAUGGUAAGAGACAAACAUGUCAAAUAUAUUCUGUUUGUGAACUGCAUAUACAAUGUAUCUGUAGUUCAUAAUUCAAAUACUGACCCAAAAAUUAAUGGGAUCAGCAAUCCUGAUGGCCUAACUUGGUAAACCUCUCUAGUAUUGAUAAUUCGUUUUUAUCAACUGGGUUGAUGAAGUAACUUGGCCAUCAUGGAGAGUUUUUCAAGCUGAUAUUUUAAGUGUUAGCCUUUUUUCAGAGCCUCACUGACAUGCAUGUAUGAAAUGAUCAGCACAGUUAAAUAUGAGAAGCAAAACUCCUGUCAUAUGCUUAGCUGCAACUGUUUCAGUGGGUUAAUACGUUCAAUUACAAUAUGUACAAUAACAAAGGAAGAUCUUGUAGCCAAGGGUUCUGGAAAAAGGACUGAAGGGGGAGGUUUCCAAAUUCUUCUAAACUAUAGUGUAGAAAAUUGACCAUAUAGUCUUUCUUGCAACACAAUUCACAUAUGCUAAGUUAUAUAUGUAUCAAGAGCUGCAUGCAUUUGAAAAGUCUGGAUAGAAGCAAGAGUUCACUCAUGCUCUCCAACCUUAACAUUUUUAUGCAUUUUCUAUUUGUUAUUUAAUAUGUGUGUUAAAAUUAUUAAAUGAACUCUCAGUAAUUACUAAAAUUAAAUUAAAAAUACAAUUUUUGUUCAAUUUGUCAUUUAUUAUAUGCAUGCAAUUUUCAUUUGAGUGAAAAUAGUAAUUGAGAAAUGCUAUUUUGUUGUCUCACAACUCUGUAUGUAAACAGUGAUGUCUUGAAUCAUAUUAUAAAAAUUAAUUACUAAACCCCAACCUUAAGUGUUAUGGCUAUUGUUUGACACUCUUGUUUCUUUGGUCCAUUUCAGGUUGUCAUGUGGACAUAUCAAUUGAUGGUUAUGAUGUAGGAGGAUGGGCUCUCAGGCGUGGAGAAGAGAUGUCAAUAGAAAGAUCAGCAUAUGAGGCCAAGAAGUUCACCUUCUAUCGAGUGAAAACUGCACCAAAAGAGGCAGGAAUUGUGUCUGGGCAGCCUGAAAAUGGUGUUCUUAAGUGUGUGUUUACACCUGAAGUUGUCAUAGCAUUCACACAAGGUUUAUCUUUCCAUCCACCCGAUGAAACAGAGAAUGCAAUGGAAAGAAGUAUGUAAGAUUAAUGAAAUAUUUUUUAUUUCAUAACUCCAGAAAAUAUCUAUGCCCCACUUAACUUGAGAGUGGAGAAUUAAUUAUGUAUCGCUCCUCAUACCUCCCUCCCACCUGCCUAUCUAAACUUUAAACUUUUUCCACACUCCUUUACUUACUACCACUUACUACUACUCCUCCUCUCCUCCUCCUCCUCCUCCUCCUCCUCCUCCUCCUCCUCCUCCUCCUCCUCCUCCUCCUCCUCCUCCUCCUCCUCCUCCUCCUCCUCACUUUUUACUCUAAAUUCCAAAGCUCAGCUCAGCAAUGAUUUUUGUUAAUUUUUCUUGGGCCACUUUGCUGUGGUUAAAUUUAGAUCAUUGUGUUGUGAACUUUAUAUGACAGAAUUGGGCCAUAUUUAUUUCAGAGUGCAAUAUGAGUUAAGACUGUUUAAUGGCAGUUCAGAGAACACCUAUGAAGUACUCAACAAUCCCUUUAGCAAAGUCCGCUAAGAGUUUUAAGAAAUUAUUCACCAUUGACUAAUUUUGCUUCACAAUGUUAGGGAUAAAACAAGAAAUUGAAAGGCAAGGUAGGUAUUUUUAUCUUGCUGUGGUUAGAUAUUUUACCCUAAAUAUGACUUCGAAAUUCUUGUUUACUGUUGUUGUCAUUUUUACACAGAUGGAAGUGGUAAGUGGAUAUGUUAAAGAGAAAGCCAAAAAUGUGGCUCAUUCCUUGUUGUUUGUGGCUGAGAUAAUAGCCAGGUGGAGAAGAAAAAAAUCCUACUGGGUUACAGAAUUUAUACAGUACAACAAAACUCAGUUUUAAGUUCUUAAGUAUCACAAGAAAAGAAAACAAUAAUCUCCAAUGUUUUAUUGGUGAAUAUAAUGUUUUUCUUUCCAGUGAAAAGUAAAUGGCUGUUUUUUAGCCUAAGAUUUUAUUUGACUCAUUACAUUAUUGGACAUGAAAAAAUUUACUUUAGGGAUUUUGCAAAUUUAAAAUCGAAAUUUCCUCGUUUGAUCAUGGGUAUAAAAGAAAAAAAAACUCUAGAUCAUGUUGACGUUGACAUGCUGAGCACCAAAAUCAUUUCAAAAGUUAGGAUUACAAAUAUCAAGGAGUGUUUCAGCCUUAAAUAAGUGAAGGAAAAGUCUCCAUAACAAGGUAUAACUGGUUUAGCACAUGACAGCAUACGACCAUUCUUACGGAGACCAAUUAAAAUUUCCUAGAAGAUUCUAUUUAAAGUAUUAAGAAAUACUUAUCAUUGACUUUUUCAAUUUUUUUUUUUAAAUUUCAGGUUUAGAACUGGAUCGUAUAGAGUCGAAUAUAGAUUCUGCAUCGUGUAAAGGUAUUGACUUGUUUAUUCCUUUUUAUUAUGUUUCAAAGAGUUUGGCUUCCAUGCUACAUAUUUUACCUUACAUAUCAUUUCCUGUUUGUAAUUAUCGUCUUCAUUAAUGUCAAACCAAAUAAACUGGUCAACAAAAGUGAUGAAGAUGUUAGAGCCAAACUCGUGGAUCAAUGUUUAAAGCAUGUAUGGGGGAAGAUAGCGAAGCGCAGAAGGAUAAAUUGCGGCAAGUUGCAGCCACAGUAGAGUGGGGUGUGCAUCAUUACUUUUAGCAACAUUGUAGCAGGACACAAAAUAAGUAGCCUUAGAGAUAGUUUAACAAUCCCAUGAUAAUCUGUUAAAAUUGUCUGGGAAAUAUUCACCUUUAAUUUUUUUAUUUUUAACUUUUAGUGGUCAUGGCGGAAAGUCAUUUAUCAGCUAAACAGAGUAAGUAUUUGUUUUUCUUGCAGAAUCAAGUUUUAAUAGAGCUUGGCUGCAGUGGCUAGAUAUUUGACCUUAAACAUCACUCCAUUUGAUAAUUAUAACCGUUAUUAUUGUUGUUAAAUCAAACGAACCUGGUGAAAAAUAAUGAUGAUGAUGAGGCCAAAACAUGGUUCAAUGAUUAAAGCAUGUAGCGGAGAUAAUAGCAAAAUGUAGGAGUUGCUUUCGUUGUUCCUUAAGGAUCUAGUUUGGGACUGUCAUUGUUCUCCGUGUAUCUUGGCCACUUGCAGUUAUUGAACCCUAAAGAGUAUAAUUUUACGAGGAUGAUGCAGUUAUCCACUUUUUCGCAAUAAGCCACAUCACGUGAAGAGCGAGUUGAAUGCAACUCCACAGAACAGCAAUGAGACCAUAAACGAACAAACUUACACUAAAACCUUUUAAAGACCAAAUCCAUGUCAAGCAGAAGCUACAGAAAAUAGGAGAACGACUGGCCUACCACUACUGUAGCCUGGGUUCGAUUCCCGGGCCUGCCUGGCGUCACAUGUGGGUUAAGUUUUUUGUUGAUUCUCAUCCUUGCUGCGAUGGUUUUUCUCCGGGUCCUCCGGGUUUCUCCCCCUCGCAAAAAACCAAAAGUCCAAAUUCCAAUUCGUCCCGGAGGAAGAACCACCUCAUGGAUUGGCCACUGCUAAAUGAUUAUCAUAAAUAAUAAUUCUACAAUUUUUCUAUUAACCUUCGGGAUGAUGCUGCCCUUCACUUGAUUGGAUCUAUAUAGCACUUUUCAUUAAGCCGGUUUGGUUUUUUUGUUGUCUCAAUUCCGAUAAUUUUCCAUGCAUGUUAUUGAUGCCUUUAUGCGAUUGAACGAGUCAAAAAGAUAAUGGAUCAAUAUACUUUACAAAAAGCGUAGAAGUUUGCUUCAAGUUUUUAAAUAAAAUCAUGAUAAAUAUCAUUUAAUUCUCAUUAACGCGGUAGUUAAUAACACAAUUGUCAUCGUUGUCUUCAUCAUUUAUAUUUAUGUUACUAAAUAUUCUAUCUUUGGUUUGUUCCUCUGUCUUGUUAUAAAUUACUGAAAACGUUUCGCAACGUUUCACAGGUGGAUCGAUUCUUAGUAAAGUCUCUGGUAAGUAGUUUCUCUCAUCGCUGCAAUUUCUAUAUUACGCCGAAGCAAGUUUUGGAAAAGUUGAAGAGUGUGGUCGUCGUCCUGUCGUUGUGGUUUAUUCAAGCAAUAGAGCAUGUUUUUUGCAGGGAUUAUAGCGUGUUGAACCCACGCCUAAUGUUGGUAGAACACGAAGAAAGCUUGUGAUAGGCCCGUUUCGCCAAACGCAUCGUUUUAACAUGCUACCAUAAGUGAAUGAAGAACUCGAAACCUGUUAAAAUGAGCUUGGGUCGCCUGUAUUUUAUGUAGCUUAUGAUAAUUUUACGGAUCCCUUUUUAAUGUACAUGUAUAUGUUAAAUUCUCACCCGUUUGUAUGUCCAAUAGACCUUACGCCAGUUGAAAGGCCCGUCAGGGUUAAACAUCCCCUAAAAAAAGUUCCUCAUGGCAAAGACCUUUCACAGGAUUUUGUGUUGUUGUUACACUUUCUUCUUUCAUUGUGAAGCGAGUAAGCUUAGACACAAAAAAGUGUCCUCUGGAACCAGAAUUGAGCCAGAAUUAGCCUAAAUUGUCUCAAAGGUAAAUGAAGAGCUCGUGAAUGAUAUGAUUUCAAAAACGUUCAGAAUAAAAAAAUUGGACUACAGAGGAAAAUCGCCCAGGCCAGAUUGCUGAAAACAAGAUUAACCUAAACUAGGGUCCAGAGAAUUUUUUUCAGCAUUUGUUUUCUUGCUUUCAGUUUUGGUUUACAACAAGGAGCGAAUAAUUUUUAAUUCUUGAAUUGUGGUAGUCGCCUUUCAAACAGACGGUUGCUGAUCGCCUCAUUAUUUUUUUUUUGUACCCUGUUACUCGCCUCUUUCUUCAGGUUGGUUCCAAAAUCUUCUGCCUUCAAAUUUUAAUUCUGAAGCUCCCUCUGGUGAGUAGUAUUUCACAAAUGUAGUUGAAUAACAAGUUCCCCUCUGGUAAGUGGUAUCUGUCUCGGCGACGUCCACGAGUCAGUGAAGGCUUCUUUUUAACAAACCUAAAACAUCAAGGGACUUAAUAUAACAAACUGUCUUGUUUCUGCUUUUUAACUUGAAGAGUGUUGUUAUAAACACCAUACCUCUGUAAAUAAAGAUACUCUCACCUCAACCCCUCUAUUGUAAAGUGAGUUUAUUUUUAGAAAACUUUGGGAACAUUUUUUUUCAUGAGUUUUGCAUCUAAGAUGCGAUUUCUCCUUUUUUUUUCUGAAUCACCAGAUGCUCCCCAAGCCCCACUACCCCGGCAAUCAAUUCGUUACGGUAAGUUAGAUUUAACAAAACUUUUCGCGGCCUGAAAAUUGACUUGCAAAAGUUGUAAGAGCUAAUCAGACCAUUUCUGUGUACUUAAAAUUAAGAGAAUAGUGAGGAAUAACCAAUAAUCGCAACCAGGUACUUGCACAGUUGUACAACGGUGACUAGAAGGCUCAGAAGAAUUAUUUUGUUUUGGAAUAACACACUAUUUGAUUGAAACCAUAUAUGUAUAAAUAUGUAUAUAUAUAUAUAUCCCUGUUUUCAAAAACGUUGCGAUUUGAAAACAUAUAUUUAAUAUGUAUACCCUCUAUUUUGUCGUCAAAAAAGUGAUGGAUAAUGCAGGUAUGUUUUACGUCGAAGGAACAACGCCAUUUUAUUAUGGUGCGAAGAUGAUAGAAAAAAAACUUGGAAAUUUUGACUCCAGCUAUUUAAAAGCUUUUCUUUUGGCCCUCUAGUUUAUUCUGUCACCUUCUUUUUCAUGAAAAAACAAAAGGUACUUAUAUCAUACAUUGUGGAUUAUCAAAUAAGGGAAACUACCCCUCGUUUUGUCGCCCAAAGUAAAUAUGAAACCAGGCACAAACUCAAAUAGAUUUUCCUUUAUCUUUUUUUGGGGGGAAUUAAUAAAUAUCAUAAUUUAAAAUGCUUUUUAUGCUGUAACUUCGCCUCGGGUUUUUAAUAUUUCACUCCGCAAGAUGUCGGCUAUUGUGUCUCGAUUCAAAAGCUACAUCCUAUGUCUAAAAAGUUUUCGGCUAGGAAAUUGUGAUGCUGCUUGAUCGAUCUACAAUUCGUUUGGGAGAGGCGGAGUGUAAUUUUUCUACGGGCAGAACCGUCCAUUUUUUAGAAAUGUUCUUUUGCAGCAAUAAAGUUCGAAGCCCACAAUUUUUUUUUCGGUUUUCAAGAACAUUUAAUUGUUUUUUGUGUGUGUGUGUGUUUACGCACGCCUUAUGCGCUCGGUACGAUGCUCAGAUUAGACCGUACGAAGUUUCUAAACCAUAAGCCAAAAGACUAGAAAAUGAAAUGUUAGUGGAAUAAUAAAUCCCUUAUUUGAUGAUUUAACAUAAAAUACGAGUGGACAUUUUGCUCAUCGCAAAAUACCGCGCAGCUCGCAAAAUAUCCGUGCGUACAUAAACAAUAUCCUCCACUUGGCGCGAAAAUAUGCACGGAUAUUCGCGGACAUUAUCUGUUCCAAGAUGCGAACAGUUUUUCGAGAGCGAAGCUCGAGGAAAACUGUGAGCUUUUAGGAACAAAUAAUGUCUUGGGAUAAGUAGAUGAGUAUAUUUUCGCGCAAAAUGAGGCUAUUGUGUUUAUUAUACUUCAAACACUUUGCAACGCUUUUGACAAAAGUUUACGAACAGCUUACUUUUUUUUUGCGUGGGAUGUUUUUUUUUAAGUGUUCUCUGGUACGACUUUUUGAAAAAACAAAUAUUUCCGUUCCUCUACAACAACCUUAAAACGCUCUCUCGUCUUCAAUUAAGGUUUAAAAUUGAGAAAUUUCUCUCAAGGGAUAUUCUCGGACAUCCCCCAGUUUUAGCAGGGAAACACACGGUCACGUGAUGCAUUAAGACCAAUUACACGCUAACAAAAACAUUUGAUGGAUCAUAACCUGAUAAAUGUUAAACCAUCGUAUAAGGUGUAUAUAUUACCUAAGGGAUGUGCCAGGGAACAACUUAAUGACUGCCGUUUAAACUGAUUUCUUAGCUCAAUCCAGUCGUGUCAAUGUCGUUGAACGGGAUCCAGCAUGGAGAGCAGGUGCUACAACAUUACAAGGUCACAGCACACAACGGUUCAUCUCGGCUGAACCGAUGGAAGUGGAUCCUUCAAGGAAGGUUGAGCUGGUUCUCAGGCUUGUGGUCAGGUAUUUCUCAAUUUUUGCACGUCUCAGUAUUUCAGAUAGUAGCUUAGUUGAUGAAAGGAUUCUAGUGAACCAUCAUAAUGUGCGUGCUGGUAAUCCACCAUUUUCAUCAUCACCAACUUCUUUUUUUUCUUUCUGCAUACUUCUAAGAUGUAUUCAAACACGUCUUCCGUUGUUGACAUUAUCACAGAUUUAUUCUGAUUUACCAUUUUUAAAAUUUUUUUCUCAAUUACCUGGCGUAAGAACUGGGGUAAUGAGAGAGCUCUUUGUGGGAAAAACUUUCUUUUUGAAAUAACCUCGCUUCCCACCUACUCGAAAGAUAUCUAGAAUUACUUUACAAGGCAUUUUGAAAAUGAUUGAUCCCAACAGUUGUUGUCGAGGAGAAAUCUGGUCAGGCGUUCCUCUUAGAUUCACAGCGAACAAUCCAGGUUGCAUCCAUGUUUAUGCAUUUUAUUGUUACUCUAGGGAGGGAGAAGAAAUACUCGAGUUCCCUAAAGAUUUGUGUAAACCGUUGUCAACUCUGACUCCACCAGCUGUCCAAGAGUAGAGGAGGUACUGGGUCGGUGUCAACCUAUUUCAAAAACAUGAACUGCUCUGACACUCGUUCUGUAGGAGUGUUAGCGUUUAAUUUCCAAGUGAUCUUAAUUUUAAACGAUAUACAUCACCUUAUUUACGCAGUUUUCGUUGUCACAGAGAUUAGUGUUUCGUCGGAAUGAAACGUUGACAAGUUAUUUCACUGGGGUUCACAAACACCAGUGGAGGGCGAAUAUUUUUGUCAAACAAGGUGUGAAACGUAACUGAAGAAAUCACGUUAAUGCCACAAGAUUCUCCCUUCUCAAAGAAAUUACUCAUAUUUUUGAAGGCUAAGCUAUCGAUCGCGACAUUCGAUACAAAAUAGUAUUUGCCAUUUGGUAGACGAGGAAUAAUUAGUUCAACCGUAGGUGAACAGAAG